AUGAGGAAGUUGCAGAACCUGCACCGAUUGAUCCGGGGGGUCGAUUCGGCGCUGCCUUCGACGAAUUUAAAAGAGGCGACCCUUGAGGCCGUUCGAUCGCAAGUAGCAACCGCACAAAAAACGGUCGAGGAACUUAAUUUAGCAGCCGAAGAGAAGCAGCGCGCGGCAGACACCACGAAAUCAUGCUACUUUGCGGCUCACGCUCAGGCACUCGAAGUGGCUAUUGCUACUGAGAAAACGAGUAAUAGAGAACCUACUUCUCCUGAAGAAGUCAGUGAGGAAUUGCUGAGGAUGGAGUACGAAUACCGCACCGCAGGUGCGACGGCGAACCGAGCGAAUGCGGAUGCAACGAUAGCAGCGAAAACCCUCGAAACACUGACACGUCGGUUGGCAAAGAUUACACCGAAACCGAAGCCUGUGACCGAAGAUACGGCCCCGCAAGAUGAUACACCACCUCGCGAGAUGCCUACGGAGAUGGCAGCAAGAAGUAGAGAGCGGAGUCGGUCCAUGAUACAACGCUUGUUGGCUUCGUAUGUGCGCCGCAAGCGGGGUGUACCAAGUGAGCCGAUCGAUAAACCUCUUGCUACGGUACCUACCGCGAAGGCGCCUCGUGAUCCGGGUCCACCGGAUCUACCGCCGAUGUGCCCCCCAGAAUCGGACGGGCAGCGUCCCCAAGAUCUCGAUGUUACUAUGGCGGAGAGCACGGUUACGUUCGGGAACACUAUGUGCUUGAAUAAUUUAAAUGGAGGGGCAGUUACUCCGCCUCCCUGUGCCGCUAGUGUACCUAUUCCUGCGGAUCUAGCCAAGGCAAUUGAGGAAGAGCUUAAGGUCUCGUCUGGAGUUAUCGACGUUUCCGACACGGGUGCCUCUAGUUUAUUAACACGUCCUACCGCUAGCAUGGGUGGUCUCUGUACGCAGGUAGCGGUCCGGUCCCCGAUGGAACAAUGUCGCGCUCCCGAUCCUCACGAUCAGACUUUACGCGCAACAAGGAUUCGCAGAAUUCCAGAUAGCGCAUCUGCUGCGGUGGCGGCUGCUGCAGUGCUGGAGAGCAUGAAACAAAUUUCAUUGAACACAGCGGCGAUUCGCAAAUGGGUUAGCCUGCACAAAGCGAUGGCUGCACUACCGACUACAAUGCCAGUUGGACCUAAGGGACAAAUGGCCUGGAUAAACGUGUGCUCCUUGGACUUGGCGGGACUCGUCUGUGGACUACCUUAUCCUGUUGCUUACCUUGCCUCGAUGUCGGGUGAAACCCUACAGUCUUUUGGACAUUCCAUUAACAGUGAAUCUCAACUGGCUGUAAUUCGGCGACACACCACACACGCAGAUGAAGAACUUCGCGAGCUGUGCAAGGGUUGGGCCGCCACGGCAGACGCGCAAACCGGUCAUAUUCGAUGGAGAACGACGGACAAUAUACAACGCUGGAGACGCUUUAGUAAGCUACAGCCCGAUUUGCUGUGCGCGACUGUCGUCGAACCGCUUUCUGACUUGGAUCAGUGUGGAGUCCUCAAUGUUCUGUGUUUAUUGCUCCCGAAGCUCGCACCUAUUGAGGUUAAGACGAACGUGGUAAUGCCGCAAACCAAGGCUGUACUAUAUCACCUCUCCAAAGAGAUGGUCAACUGCUGGACUCUAGGUGCUGAGGGCGUCUCGGCUGAGCUAGAGGAUGCAUCGUCGCGGCACAUGCCACAACGUCUUCAAAGACGCCUUUUUAAGACCUCAUGUAUUCCACGCGACAACAGCAUAGGUAUCCAUUCGCAGAAUGUCGCAGGAUUUCCCAAGAAUCCGGAACAUUGCGCAACUUGGUUCAGCCACUUCCGACAGAGCGAAGCCAGGGGAAUCAUCGAUUUGGUCCUUUUACAGGAAACGCGGGUCACUUUAGGUGAGGCAGCUCCUCUGGACAAGCUUUACAACUCCUCCUGGGGAUUCGUGCACAAACUCGGACGCUCGUUGUGGACCGAGUCCGAGUUCUCUCGUGGAGGUGUGGCUAUUUUAUUAAACCCAUACUCAACAAUUACGGAAAUGGUUCCGUGGUAUGAGGAUCAAUGGACACAGCAUUGGAUGGAUGUCCGGGUCUGUCUAAUGGGCGAAACAGUUCUUGUUGUAAACGUUUACGCCCCAAGUACCAAGACUGUAAGAGAGGCGCUGUUCUCGAGCCUUCUACUUAUUCUUCAGGGAUACGAAGGACCCAUGUUUGUUGGAGGGGACUUCAACUGUACUUUGGAGCCGCGACUUGACCGUUCUUUUGUCUCGCCGCCAGGAAGACAUGAUUCCUUGGCGCUUCGGCGGCUUCUCGGCCGAGUGCAGCUUAGCGAUGUUCUUGAUGGUGAUCUGGAGAUGGCCGAAGAAGAAAGAGAUGUACCGGCGUUUCAUGCGGCCUCUCACACUUAA